AUGUCGGAUUAUUUGCCCCAAGAAUUGCUGCUUGACAUCUUCACAAAACUACCAGUCAAAUCAAUCCUCCGAUGCAGAAGUGUUUGCAAGUCAUGUUUUAAUGGUAUUUUGUGCCUUGCCGACACCGACACCGAUACUGACACCUUGACCCAUUUAUAUUUUUGUAACCUAUCCAUCAGAAAGUCGGUAAAACUCCCAGAACCAGUUUGUUUAUGUAAUGAUCGCAAUACCUUUGGUUAUACACUGGGGUUUGGGUUUGAUCCGGUUACUAAUGACUACAAGGUGGUAAGAGUAGUACACACUAAGGGUCAUUCUGUGUCACCUCAUGCUGAUCUUUAUAAGUUAAGUACUGGUGUUUGGGAAGACAUUACCCAUGUCCUUGGGCCUUACAUAUUCAUUGCCAUUGCGCCACAGGUGUAUGUGAACGGCGCUUGUCAUUGGAUUACUACCAAAUUGGAGUUUAUACCAGCUCGGAGGGAUUGGAGGGUGAUUGUUGUGUUCAACAUGCAUGAUGAGACAUUCUCAGAUAUGAUAUUGCCGAGUAGUUUAAUCAAUGAGUCACAAACACAUUUUGAUGAAGUCUUCCUUUUUGUGUUAGAGGAAUCUCUUUGUUUGGUUGAUAAUAACUAUGACAAACGUGAACCUAUUAAGAUUUGGAUGAUGAAAGAGUAUGGUGCACCAGACUCCUGGGAGAAACAGUUCAGCAUCCAAAAUUAUCACUUUCCACAACAUAUUCCUCUUCGUGAUGACAUUUUUUGGACACCUUAUUGUGGAAGCGCUGCUCCAACUGAGUUUGAGAUUGCUACUGACUUUAUGAAGCCAAUGGCUAUAAGGAAAAAUGGUGAAAUCUUAUGGAAAGGUAACCAAAGAUUAUUGGUUUCAGUUGAUCAUACAAUUGAUAGGUUUAAAGAUGUUGACAUUGGUAACUCAUCAAAUGAUUGGUGUUACAAUCCACGCUAUGUUAAUUUUUACAAAGAGAGCCUUGUUUUACCUGAUAGAUGGACAAAUAAUUGUGUUGGAGAUGCUUGUGAGGAGUCAUCUGAUUUAUGGAAGAGAGACCCCAAAGAUGGGAAAAGAAGGAUCUCAAGGGCAAAAUCUAAAUAUAGAAUGCGGAGUGCAUCUCUUUCUCACAUGAGUGGAUUGCGGAAGAAAGAAAGGAAGAGCAUGCAAGUCAAAAAACCUUCAUUGUCCAAUUAAUUAGCUAUGUUGCACUUGAAGUCCUUUAGCUCAGGUUCAGGCUGACAUUGAAGACCUCUUUUGAUGUAUUGUGGAAGGUCAAAGUUUCCAUGUGCCAGAAGUGUGUGGCACAUUUAAUACUCUAGGGGGGAACAGGCCCAACAGUAGUAAGGAGGGUAUAACACAUGUAGCGACAAAAAUUUUGGGAGCAACAAAUUUUAUAUCCAUGGAUGCUGGACAAACAAGCAAACGCCCCAACUCUGAUAAGAAAGAUGAUGAUAGAAAUGUUAGGCGCCGUGAACUCUACAAACUUAUGAUGGC